GCAAAGUGCUUCCCUUCACCGGAGACCCAUCGAUUCUCAUCGUCUUCUUUUUCUUCUCUAUCUCAUUCCUUCUUCUCUGCCUCCUUCGGAGUGUCGCCUCGCCUCCGGGAGAAUCAAGAUGAACGAAAAGGCUUCCGUUUCCAAGGAACUCAAUGAGAAACACAGAAAGGCCUGUCAUUUCCCCCCAUCUUUAUCGAUUUCGGGACGCGCAUUUUGUGUUUCUUGGAUCAUUGUAAAGGAAGGUUCUUUCGUCAGUGUAGCAUUGUUUCUUUAGAUUACCGAUUCGUUGGGGCUAUUUGCGAUGCGUUACUGGGUGCAUCAUUGGUGAAUUUUGGCUCGGUCUUUCUUUCUUUUUCAUUUAGCAUCAGUAAAGAUUUUCUUUCAAACGGCUGCCAUGACCAUCGGAGAUGCCAAGUUUUCAUCUGAUGGCAUUGAGAUCAAGUGUUUUUCUUGGCUCUCUUCCUAUUUAAUUGUGGUUUUUAGCAGCAGCAUUUUAAAGGUGCGCAAAUGCAUAAAAUAGGGGUCGCCGUUUGUCUUUGUUUUAGCAAAUAGCAGAUUCUACCUCACUGAGUACCAGUUAGAUAGAGUCAUCGAUCAUCUGUGGCAUGGAAACCUAUCAUUUUAACAUGUAAGGCUUAACAACCUACCUAUGACAAUAACAAAUUGUAAGAAGUUAAUUGAAUGUUUGUAAGGAUGGAUAAAAAGAAUGUGUGCUAUCCAUCUUUUUUUUGCAAUAUGGGGCACCCCUUUAACGAUUUUAGUGAAAGGAUGGAGCUCUAGUCACUUCUUCCCUACUUUGUUUUCCAUCUAGGUUCAUCUUAUGACUUUAUACAUAAGGUCUAAUGUGGUCUAUUAAGAAUACUUGUUGAGAUGCUUUUAUAUGAAAUUGGUUAGACUAAUCAGAUUAUAUUUAAAUUUAUCCUGAUGGGUUAACAUGCCUAAUAAGCAGUCCCUUUUGACAAAAUAACAAAAAAGAGGGAACCCCUCUAGUAUUUUGGAAAAAACUGGUGAUUUUUGCCCAACUUCAUCUCCAUGGAGGUUCAUCACAACACGAGUGACUUGAAUUUUUUACAUCAGAAUUAAUAUUGUUCUUAAAGUCAAUGUUUUCUGGUUCACUUGUUCAGAUAUUAGAUGGACUUCUCAAAUUACCAGAGAAUAGGGAAUGUGCUGAUUGCAAGUCCAAAGGUCCAAGAUGGGCAAGUGUCAAUCUGGGAAUUUUUAUUUGUAUGCAGUGUUCGGGAAUUCAUAGAAGUUUGGGAGUACAUAUAUCAAAGGUAAGGUCGGCAACAUUAGACACAUGGCUCCCUGAGCAGGUUGAUUUUAUUCAAUCAAUGGGCAAUGAAAAGGCAAAUAGCUACUGGGAAGCUGAACUGCCUCGAAAUCACAGUAGAGUUGUGAUUGAAAAAUUUAUCCGUUCAAAAUAUGAAGACAAGAGAUGGGUGCCUCAUGAUAAGAGAUUCAGAUCGCCUUCAGUAAUCCAUGAAGAAAUGGCUCCUAAACUCAAGCAAACAUCUAGUGAUAAAUCUGAGAAUGAGAGUACUAACAGAGCAAAGGCUUUAAAUAAGCAGGAUGAUUCAUCAAAAAAGACGAGGGGCAGUCUUUCAGUUCCAAAAUUGCCCAGCCUGGUAUCUUCUGGUUCAAAGGUCGAAACAAGGAGAAGCCAGCUUGUAGAGCCAGAGUCCCGUAAUGUAGUUCCUUCUUUAACUGCUGUAGUCACAACAACUGCACCGCUAAAGGUUGUUUCUAUGGUUGACCUGCUCAACUUGGAUUCUGUGAAUGGCCCUAGUGAAACGGGGUCUGAAGCUUCUUCCAUCGGUGAUCAUUCAUGGGCAAAUUUUCAGUCUGCCGACCUAACCAGUUCCUUGGACAUGAAUACCACCACAAAGUCUGCCGAAGUAAAGAAGGAAAACACACAUGGAGUAGAGAAUUUAUUUAAGGAUUUAACAUCUUCAUUGCAGCCUUUGACUCAAAUCAAAACCCAGAUAGAUGUGACCAGUUCCUUGGAAAACCGUACCAAGGAAAAUGCUCAAGUAAAAAAUGAAACCACACAUGGAGUUGAGAGCCUAGCUGAGGAUCCAACAUGUUUUUUGAAUCCUUCAACUAAAUGGAAUCCUGAAACAGUUGUGAAAGAUGAUAUUAUGAGCCUCUUUGAAAUGUCCAGUAUGGUAUCUCCAUUUGUGCUUCAGCAACAGCAGCUAGCAUACCUUUCACAACAGCAAGUUCUCUUGGCUGCUGCUAAAUCUGGAAACGGACCUCCGGCAGUGCCUAGUAGAGGAACUCAUCAAAGAAGUAACAGUGAGUCAAAUGCAAUGAAUGCUAACUUUUUGGCACAAAGUUGGCCAAACUAUGCCUACCAGAUCCCCACAAAUAUGCAUUUUACUGGGCAACCCAAUUUCAAUAACUUCAGUCAGAUGGGAAGCUCUAGUCAUCCUCAUCUAUCAGGGGGUUAUAUUUCUGCCCCUGCACCAGAUCACCAUGGAGUGGGAUCCUCUGCAUCUGCUGAUAUGAAUAAUGCUGUUGGAGUGCACAUGCCUCUUGCUUCUUCGUCCUCACAUACUGCGACUUCCAGCAGCCGUUCACUCAGUGAUUACGAUUUCUCAUCGUUAACUGAUGGUCUUUUUUUGAAACGCUGAGAAUAACGAUGCUUGCCGGUGCUGGUUCCCUCAUGUAGUAUAUUCAAACGUAAAUAGUGUCAAGGCUUGAGCAUACAGAUCAUUUGUUUUUUCAGCUCAUAGUUCAUUCAUUGGGUAGGGAAGGUGAAUGAUAUUAGUUCCAUUGCAGAUUCACACGUCCAUCAAAAUUUGUGAUGGAAUAAAAAGAACGGUCAAUUAUGUAAUUUGGU